AUGUCCAACCUGCUGCAAGAAACCUGGGUCGAUGCUGAGAGUCCCUGUGUUGUGCCCCUCGGGGUUGCGGCAGGAGCCUGUUUUGCUCUCCUCUCUCCUCUCUGGAGAGGAGCAGCCUUGCGCUGUGAGCUGCAGUCCCAAGGCAAGACAGGCCUCGUUGCCGUCUCCAACCUCUCCUCCUCCUCCUCGUUUCAGAAGCACGAGUUCUUCGUGGACAUGACCUGCGAAGGCUGCUCCAACGCGGUCACUCGCGUCCUGAAUAAGCUGGGAGGCGUCCAGUUUGACAUCAACCUGCCCAACAAGAAGGUGUGCAUUGAGUCAGAGCACAGCAUCGACACCUUGCUGGAAACGCUGAAGAAAACCGGGAAGACCACCAACUACCUGGGGGAGAAGUGACCCUGGGGACAGGAUGGAGGGUCCAGCUUCCUCGGUGCUGCCAGGAAGCACGAGCGCAUGGCUCCAGGAAGACCGUGGCUGACUGUUUACACUUCUGCUGACACCCCUUUCCUCUUGACCUGGGUUCCCCUACCAGCUGCUGGAAAGAAGAGGGCUAAAAAGGAAGAAGACACCCGGAGGAAAAAGCCCAUCGUGCAGUAAAAUUCCCCUCUUGACCUGUUAGAGCUCUUGGUGCAAACUCCCUCUCCGGCCCUGCAAUAAAGGAAGAAGCUGCUUCUCUUUUCCAUGG